AUGUCCGGAAAUUUGAAGCGCCAUGCGAGCUCUCAUGACUCAACGAGUUCACCUGCAUCCAAAAGAGCCUGCAUUCUAUUGGAUAAACCCAGGGAUGAGAUCCAGGAUAGUGUUGGUUUCAUUACCAGUGGUGACAAAGACGAUAAGCAAGCAGUCACGAAAAUUGUAUCGACUUCACGUCCACCUCCACCCAAUCUACUUCACAAUGAGAGUUGGUGGAGAAAAUUUGUGUAUGGCCGUCUCGAUUUUCAGCAUUCUCGCAUUAGGGAGGAUUCAGUAGCCUCUUUGAGGCUCGAUAUCUCCCAACUCGUUCGAGAAUGGAUGCCUGUACGCCACUUGUGGGAAGAUCUUUCCGAGGAGAGUCGGAAGGAAAUUAGUUCCUGGGCUUCCAAUGCGAAAAAGUACAUAGAGAGCAACGACAAAUUCUAUUCCAAUGCUUUGUUCAAGGGAUGGAUCUAUCACCUCCUGCAUGAGAAUCUGUUCUCGCUUGACUGCCACGAAAAGUGGUCGUCACCCGACUGGGCAGUGUUCGGGCAGCUGCAGCGCAUAUACAGCAAUCACGCAGAGAACUCUGAAGACGCCGAUUCGCCAUCCAACACUCGCUUUCACAACUGGCGCCGCAUCUCGUCAGGCAUGCUCUUCGACAUGCAUAAAGACUCAUGGCAUACCGAACCAGGUCGGCUCUACAGCAUUCUGGCAAAACAUCUCGCCCCUCUGUUCUUAUCCGAGUCCCGUGUCAAAGCUCCCGAUCACACCCCACAUGAAAGUCUAGAGUGGCUGGUUUACAGAGCCAUCAGGUUGGAUGCCCAGAUGAUCCAUUCAGCAAUCAGCAUAACAAUUGAAAUGGCAGACCCCGCCACGGGCAAAGUGAAAGAUUUUCCCUUUGAUCGUAAACAGAUGCUAGCUCCAUCCGCCGAUCUCACUUAUUCACACGUUGUGGACUUCAUAAUCGAACCACGGAUCACCAUUCGUGGGCGCCAAGGCCUUCGCCCAAGGAAAGAUGACUGGAAAGACUUGGCAGCAUACCGAGGCAGUAUAAGGAUAUCUGAAGGGGUUGGAGUCGACUAUGAAAAGAUACAUGGUCAAUGGAAGUUCCUUGCUGCCACAAGUCAGAUCACUGGGCCAGCCGCUGGAGAGGACCAUGAUGUUCCACAACCUACGGAAACCCCAGAAGGAGCUUAG